AUGGUCAAAGAGUAUUCAAUCAAGUUCAACUCCUUAGCUAAGUUUGCAUUGACACUUGUCAGUACACCACAGACCCGGUUGGAGAGAUUUGUGGGUGGACUUCAUCCUACUAUCGUCAGAGAUGUUAUGUCACAUCAUCAGCCUUCCCAAACAUAUAGUGAAGCACUCUCUAGAGCCAUUAGAGUAGAGGUGUACUUAAGGAAGGAGACCAAAUUAGCUCUUCUGCCAACAAUGGCAAGUAGUCCUCUCCAGCUUGGUCAAUCCAGUAGUGCAGAACAAGUUGUUGGCAAAGACGAUAAGGGUAAAGGCAAUAGAGGAGUCCUACCUAAAGCCAACAAGAAGGACAUGAAGAAAAAAGGCCAGCAGAAGAAAGGUGAGGUCAGUUACUGCAAGAAAUUUUGGAGAAGACAUAGGGGUGAAUGUCUAGUGGGGACCAAUGUUUGUUUCAGAUGCCGCCAGCCAGGCCAUAUUGCUAGAGAUUGCCCCAUUGGUUCUACAACUUCAGUACCUACAGUUGGAAACACGAUAGCCAGGGUAUAUAAUGUGGCCCAGAUGCAGGCAGAUGCCAGGGCUUCAGCAGUCACUGGUCAGUUAUUAUUCCAUGAUACUCUCUUGUAUGCCUUGAUUGAUUCUGGUGCUACUCAUUCAUUCAUCUCCUAUGGUAUGAUUAAGAGAUUAGGGUUAAUGCCUAUUAGAGUAGAACAAACCAUUAGGAUUGAACUGCCUGAUGGUGAGGGUGUAGUGACCAAUGAAGUCUUAAUAGGGGAGUUAGUUACUAUUAAAGGCCGAGAUAUGAUGGUAGAUUUGAUUGUCUUCAAUACGCCAGACUUUUACGUUAUUCUUGGGAUGGACUUUCUUAGUAGAUAUGGAGCAGAGAUAGACUGUCGUAGGAAAAAAGUCAAGUUCAAUCUAGACCAUGGGGAUAACCCUAGUUAG